AGACCGGAGUCUGGGUUUCGGUACCUUGUUGGUUUUCUUCGACAACAAGGUGUCCGUGUACAACAUAGGCGAAUUUGGCAAUCCCUACAACGAGUUGACAGAAUUGGACGCCAAUUCAGACGCCAACAAAUUAUUCGAAGAAGGAAAUAUAAAGUUAAGCGUUCCAAUGCUCUUUGGCAUUUGGAUGGGCACCAUAAGAUGAUUCGGUGGGGAUUCGUUGUCCAUGGAUUUAUUGAUGGUUACUGCAGAACAGCAUGUCACAAGUCCGAGUUGAAGUCAUCAGAAAUUAAUCAUGGCUCGUCCAGGUGGUUGCACUAG